UGAGCCCUGCUACUUUCAGGGCCUUAAGUCUUUAUUAACACUAAAGACAUUUUGAAUUUUGAAGAAAAUUUGAAAAGACAAAUACAGAAUCUGGUAUAUUUCCUAUAUAUACACCAGCAGCACUCAUUAUCUCAAAUUUGCCAGAAUUUAAAAAACAACAAAAACAGGCAACUUGUAUGAAAGCUAAGGAACCAUCAAACCACUGAGGUUAACAUUAGGAUUUAAUUUUAAUUGUAUAAAAUGUUUACCAGCUAACAAAGUCUAAUAACAUUGCUAAAAAAAUCACCCCUGCCCCAAUAAUUUUACCUGCUACUACUAAUUUGUUUUCAUAUUCCUGACCAACUCUAAUCGUGUCGCUGUGACAUGAGAGUUUUAGAAAUUUGUUCAGCAAAUUACAGCUGACAGCCAACAGUACAGGAAUAACCACAGACAGAGGAGAGGUGAGGGGUUAUGUGUGCAUGUACAUGUGUGUGGGUCUGUGUGUGUAUAUAUGUAUAUGUGUGAGUGAGAGAGAGUGUGUGUGUGAGAGUAAGUGAGUGAGAGAGAGAGUAAGAGAGUGAGAGAGACUGGGUGGGGGAUUUGUAUCCUGCUCAUAGAUACUGUUUGCCAAGAGGCAGGGAACUAGGCAGAGGGGCGGUACUAUCAAACAUUACUGUUGAGACAUUGUACCAGAACAGUUUUUCAUUUAGGGAAGAGAGAUACACUUGAAGAGAGCUUAUGUACACUAGUAUGACAGAGGUGAUGUAUUCAUCUUGGAGAAAGUGACAGGACACACAUUCACGCUCUCACACCCACAGGCUGGCUGACGCUAGGGGAUUCUCAUGUCUCCCCAAAGCACUGAGGAACUUCAAGCAGCUGCUCUUCUCUGCUACGGAAAGCCUGGAGAAGAUCUAAACCAACGGUCUUUUCCUCUUAUGUUCUCUUUGGAAGGUAUCCGCUUUUCCCUGACAGCUCUGGGUUCCUCUGGGAUCCCACAGUAGAGGAUCUAUUUACAAAACAAGGACUUCUGGUUCAGCUCACAUGGUCUUGUAACCAAGAUUUUUGGAUCUAAAUCAAAGGCUACUGGUUCAUAUUUUCAUUUCCAGGGCAUAGGACUUCGCAUGUCCCAGAGGUUAUUUGUCUAAUUUAAUCAAUUUUGAAGUCUUCAAGAGGACUGUAGUGUUUGGGACUUUCACAGCCUUAGUGUCUCCAAAUGGCCAAAGCUGAUUAAUUGGAAGCUUGGGAAGAGAGACCUGUUUCCACUACAUUUAGGACACAUACCAGCAAACAGCAGGAGAUUUACACACUAAAAGCAGACAGAGAUUGGGAGAAGAAAGAGGGUGAGGGGGAUCCUAGCGCCAUCACAAGCUGUAACAGAGAGACUUUGUAAAUCUUCCUAAAACGUCUGCAAGAUACUGAAGCACUACUGCUGAAGGUGGUGAAAUUAUCUGUAGCUCACAGCACAAUUAGGUGUGUGUGUUGGUGCUACCAUGGAAGUCCCAGCACUGGUCUUGAUGGUCUUACUCCUGGUGUGUGAUCUGUUCCCCUUACUGGAAGGCAGCACUGGAGUUCAGGAGUUUGACAACAGUGAUGAAGGCCCAGAGCCUGGAUUCCUCUCAGGUUCACGCACCCGCAGGGCCCCAGAAGUUACUGCCCAGGACAAGUGCUCUUAUACCUUCAUUGUUCCCCAGCAGAAGGUCACAGGGGCUAUCUGCGUUAAUUCAAAGGAGCCCGAGGCUGUACUGGAGAAUCGGGUGAAUAAGCAGGAGCUGGAACUUGUUAACACUGAGCUCCACAAGCAGAAGAGGCAGAUUGAGACUCUACAGCAGCUUGUGGAAGUUGAUGGUGGUAUUGUCAAUGAGGUGAAACUCUUGCGCAAAGAAUCGCGCAACAUGAAUUCUCGCGUAACACAACUCUACAUGCAGCUUCUCCAUGAGAUCAUCCGCAAGCGAGACAAUGCACUGGAGCUUUCUCAACUGGAGAACAAGAUUCUGAACCAGACAUCAGAGUUGUUGCAGCUUUCCAACCGCUACAAAGAUCUGGAACAUAAGUACCAGCAUUUGUCAUCACUGGCAAACAAUCAGUCAGCUCUAAUUGCUCUACUUGAGGUACAGUGUCAGAAGGGACCCCCAGUGAUGGCACCUAGACCACAGCCCCAACCCCAGCCACAACCUCAACCCAGGCCCUCUCCACCUAUUAACAAGUCAUACCAACCACCUAUGUAUAACCGCAACAACCAGAUAACCAAUGAGAUCCAGAGUGAUCAAAAUCUCAAAGUUCCACCACCACUACCCACCAUGCCAAGUGGCACUCACAGUCCAUCUACAACCAACAAGCCCUCUGGCCCCUGGAAAGACUGUCUGCAGGCCGUGGAAGAUGGACACACUAACAGUGGCAUGUACCUAGUGAAGCCUGAGAAUACCAACAAGCUGAUGCAGGUAUGGUGUGACCAAAAACAGGACCCUGGAGGCUGGACAGUCAUCCAGAGACGCAUGGAUGGCUCUGUGAACUUUUUCAGGAACUGGGAGACUUACAAGCAAGGCUUUGGUAAUAUAGAUGGAGAGUACUGGCUAGGGCUGGAGAACAUUUACUGGCUGACCAGUCAGGCCACUUACAAGCUUCUGGUGACCCUGGAGGACUGGGCUGGGCGCAAAACAUUUGCAGAAUACGCCAGCUUCAGGCUGGAACCUGAGGCUGACUUCUACAAACUACGGGUGGGACGCUACCAUGGCAAUGCUGGUGAUUCACUCACCUGGCACAACGGCAAACAGUUCACCACACUGGACAGAGAUCAUGAUGCAUACACCGGUAACUGUGCUCACUAUCAGAAGGGAGGCUGGUGGUAUAACUCCUGUGCCCACUCCAACCUCAAUGGCGUGUGGUAUCGAGGUGGGCACUACCGCAGCCGCUACCAAGAUGGCGUGUACUGGGCUGAAUUCAGAGGAGGAGCCUACUCCCUAAAGAAAGUGGUGAUGAUGAUCCGCCCCAACCCCAACACUUUUCACUGAACAGCAUACAAAUCAGAAGAAAAGACUGAUAAUAUCCCUUAA